UUUCGCCUCUUUGCUCUCAGAUCGUGGAAAAGUAGCAACAGCAGCGAGAGAGAGGAGAAGAAGAGAGAGACAAGUCUUUGGACUGAAAAAAAUUUCAGACAUUAAAAUUUUGGGUUGUGUUCGAUUUCUGGAACAUUCUCUGACUCGUUUUUUCAGCUGCAUCGAUUGCAUUAGGGAUUCUCUUCCCUUCUUUUCCCUUUUCUGUGGUUUUGUUUUGGUUCUACAGUGAUUACUAUUAGCCCCUCUUUCUUUCUUUCUCUCUUUCUUGUUCUUCUUCCUGAAUUGUUAGGGUUUGUGGAAAACGGUGAAUGUGGCUUUGCCUGCUGCGACAUUGAUCUCCGCUGCAUAAAUUCAUAACUGCAUCUAUGUCUGGACCACUCGAUCGUUUCGCUAGACCAUGCUUUGAGGGGUUCUCUGGCAGUGAUGAGAAAAAGGAAAGAAGAUCUGAUUUUGAGAACUCUGAGGAUGAGAGGAGGACAAGAAUUGGAUCUCUGAAGAAGAAGGCGCUCAAUGCAUCGUCGAAAUUCAAGCAUUCUUUAAAGAAAAAGAGUAGCAGAAGAAAAAGUGACGGACGAGUCAGUUCGGUUUCGAUUGAGGAUGUUCGGGAUGUGGAGGAGCUACGGGCUGUAGAUGCAUUUAGGCAGUCAUUGAUUAUGGACGAAUUGCUUCCUGAGAAACAUGAUGAUUACCAUAUGAUGUUAAGGUUUCUUAAAGCAAGGAAGUUUGAUAUUGACAAAGCAAAGCAUAUGUGGGCUGAUAUGCUACAAUGGAGGAAGGAGUUUGGUGCUGACACUAUAAUGGAGGAUUUUGAGUUCAAAGAGUUCAACGAAGUUGUAAAGUACUAUCCGCAUGGCUAUCACGGUGUCGAUAAGGAGGGAAGACCUGUUUACAUUGAAAGGCUUGGAAAAGUGGAUCCAAACAAAAUCAUGCAAGCUACAACUCUCGACAGAUAUGUAAAGUAUCAUGUACAGGAGUUUGAGAAAGCUUUUGCGAUAAAGUUUCCUGCUUGCACAAUCGCUGCCAAAAGGCACAUAGAUUCAAACACCACGAUCUUAGAUGUUCAGGGCGUGGGCCUUAAGAACUUUAACAAGACUGCCCGAGAACUCAUUAUGCGAUUACAGAAGAUUGAUAGUGACAAUUAUCCUGAAACUCUUUGCCAAAUGUUUAUCAUAAAUGCUGGCCCUGGAUUUAGAUUGCUUUGGAACACUAUCAAGUCCUUCCUUGAUCCCAAAACAACUUCCAAGAUUCAUGUUCUUGGAAACAAGUACCAAAGCAAAUUGCUUGAAAUAAUUGAUGUCAGUGAGUUGCCAGAAUUUCUGGGAGGUACAUGCACAUGCGCAGAUCAGGGAGGUUGCCUCAGAUCUGAUAAAGGGCCUUGGAAAAACCCUGAAAUAUUGAAGAUGAUUCUCAACGGUGAAACACGGGGCACAAGGCAGAUAGUAAAGGUUUUGAACAGUGAAGGGAAGGUUAUUGCAUAUGCUAAACCGCGAUUCCCAAUGGUUAAAAGCAGUGAUACUUCGACAGCUGAAUCAGGGUCUGAAGCUGAAGAUAUGGCUUCUCCAAAAGCGAUGAAAAGCUAUGGGCACCUUAGAUUGACGCCUGUCCGGGAGGAAGCCAAGGUAGUUGGAAAGACAAGCUAUGCUGGUACUAGUAACUUAUCUGGGUAUGAUGAAUAUGUUCCAAUGGUGGACAAAGCUGUUGAUGCUGGCUGGAAGAAACAAGCUUCACUCCAGAUGUCUCAAACGUCUAAAGGAACGUCUCCCCCUCCUGAAACUCCUAAAGCACCAGAAAAGAUCCAUGCUCGGAUUUGGGUAGCCCUGACUGUCCUUCUUUUGAGCCUAUUCACUUUCUUCCGGAAAAUCCCAAUGCGAGUGUCCAAGAAACUUCCUGCAGUAUCAUGCAAUGAUGAUCAGAGCACAUUAGAGCCACUUGCUAAUACAACAACUAAGGGAGAUUGCCAUUCUUCACCCUCCCCAGCAAACACAGAUGAAAAUCUUCUUUCUUCUGUGAUGAAGAGGUUAGGGGAGCUUGAAGAGAAGGUUGACACGCUACAAUCAAAGCCAUCUGAGAUGCCUUAUGAAAAAGAGGAGUUGCUAAAUGCUGCUGUCUGUCGAGUAGAUGCUUUGGAGGCCGAGUUAAUUGCAACUAAAAAGGCUCUGUAUGAAGCUCUAAUGAGGCAAGAAGAACUGCUUGCUUACAUUGACAGCCAAGAAGAAGCUAGGCUAAGGCAGAAGAAGAAGUUCUGCUGGUGAGUGUUGUUGCUGAAAGAGAAUCUGCACGACCAAGUUUUUCAUACCAUGGUGUUUCUGAGGAUUGCUGAAUGCUGACCCCUUGCACAUGUAAACUCUAAAUAUUGAUUUAUACUUGAUAAUGGAUUUGACUUUAACUAAGGAAAUUUUCUAAUGUGUGUAUAGCCAUUCUGGCUGCUUUGCCGAAUUAAACACAAGUUUGCUGUGUUACACUUUUUUUAUAGUUGUGUUUAAUGUGAUUUGCCUUUAUCAGUCGGAAAAUGAAAAGCGUUUGUUCCUCUGGAUC